CUACCUGAGGUGUCAGACGCACCGGUUGCCAGGUGUGAGAAGGUCGUCAGUAAUGUCAUGUCAUGACUGAAGAAGGCUACUCUUUUCCUGUGUUGUUGGUCAACAUCAGUUAAAUGUAGUUCAUUUACAAAAGAGCGAAGGUCGACACACCCGUCCCAAAUUGGGUACACAGCGUGAUGCUUUGUGCCAGGAUGAGGAGAGAUGUUGGGUUGGUUCUGCUCUUGUUGCUGUCUGCAGCUGUAAAGUGCAACAGCAUGUCUCCACCAGGGAAACCAGUCCUGCUCGGCUGCAGGUCCCCUGAGAAGGAGACGUUCACCUGCUGGUGGGAGCCAGGCUCCGAUGGAGGGCUGCCGACCACACACCGCCUCUUUUAUGAGAGAGAAAGAUUGGAGGGAACACACGAGUGUCCGGACUACCGGUCGGAAGGGAGGAACUCCUGUUUCUUUGACAAGAACUACACCUCCAUCUGGGUCGACUACUGCCUGACAGUGGUGGCCUCCAAUGCCCUUGGGAAUGCCACUUCAGACCCCUUUAAGAUGGAAGUGAUGGAAAUUGUGAAGCCCAAUGCUCCUGAAAAUGUAACGCUGCUGGUGGAGGAUAGAGAGGACAGUCCAUGUCUCCAUGUCAAAUGGGAGCGUCCCCAUAAGAUAGACACCAAGUCUGGCUGGGUCACCAUUAAAUAUGAACUAAGAGUCAAACAAGAAAACAGCGACCAGUGGAAGGAGUACAUGUCGGGUAAACAAACCCAUAUCAGCCUGUACAGCGUCAGUCCUGGGGUGGUGUAUGAGGUUCAGGUGCGCUGUAGACUAGACCAUGGCUUCUGGAGCGAGUGGAGCAACUCUACCUGUGUUAAAAUCCCCAACUAUCUUCAGACUGAGAGACCCUUUUGGCUUUUGGUUUCCACCCUCUUUGCAAUUCCAUUUCUUGCAGCAAUAUGUAUCUUGUUCAUGAAGAGGAAACGUGUGAAGCAGUGUGUUCUGCCCCCUGUUCCUGGUCCAAAGAUAAGAGGUGUGGAUGUUCAACUUCUCAAGAGCGGACGAUCUGAAGACGUUCUCAAUGCCCUGAUCAUCAACCAGGAUUUUCCUCUUAUGGUGACCUGGAAAGACCAGAUAGAGGACUACCUAAUUGUGACUGAGAAUGACGAAGAACUACUGCCACAUCCCUCAAAUUCUCAAAAAAGGAAGAAAAGCUUGAUUAUUCCCGCUGGCUUCUGCUUGGAUUCCGAAAUCCAAUGUAAGGAGUCAACUGCCAGCCAAAGUGACACGGAGAAGGCCGAGGAAAGAAAGAAUGAAAAGGAUAACUUUCUAAAAAGCAAUACGUCUCUGUCAGGAGAAAGUUCAUCUAAUACGGUGCCACCCCUGCUGCCUACUCAGAAACAGCAGUGCCCAAGUUUAAACCUUGUAAACACAGAAGCAACAGAUCAGAGUCCGUCGGAUCAUCAGAACGCCGUCAAACCCUUCGCAAACAGCAGCUACGUGGAUAUUCAGAGACAUGUGAAACAGGUGGACUACAGCAAAGUGAAAGAGGUGAACGGUGACAAUAUUCUCCUCCUCAAGAAAGAAAAUGUCCCACUUAACAGCUCUGGCUACAUGGAUGAUCAGAGACAAGAGAACAUUUCAGAGGACUACAGCAGGGUGAAAGAGGUGGACAGUGACAACAUGGUCUUCCUGCAGAAACAAAAUGUGUCAGUCGACAUUUCCUGUAGAGAUAAGGGUAACCACUACACAGACUGUCCCCCUCAGAAGCCAAGAAAUCCUUGUGUUACUGGACCCAAUACAGAACGCACCGAAAGCGGAUAUGUAGAUACUGUUCCUGCACCACCUUUAAUGUAAAGUUUUGUUUUAUAUGCAGUUUCCAAAUACAAGAGACAUAUGUCCCCAGUGAUUUACUGUUGAGUUAUAGAAAAGAGCUGGGGAUAUUCGAUAUUGUUGUCAUUAUUAUCGGGUGCAUUGUCGUGACUUUUUGUACCGACAUUCAUGGUAACAAGAGGAUGAAUCCUACUGACUUUGGUGAUUUCCUGACCUUUGCUCUAGCAUCACCAUGAAGUAAACAUUUGUGGCCACCAUGGUUGGAUUGCCUUGAAAUUUGCUAGAGACAUUCAAGGUCUCAUGAGGAUAAAUUUGAAUGACACUGAUGAUCCUCUGACUUUCCCUCUAGUAUUAUUCAGUGAAAUAGUUUGACAUCUGGCUGAUGGAUUGGCACAAAAUUUUGUUCUGGCGUUCACGUUUCCCAGGUGAUAUAUCCUUAUUAUUACUUUGGGGAUCUCCUGACUCUUCCUCUAGCGCCACCAGCAGGUUGACAUGUUUUGUUGCAAGUGAAAUGUCUCAAAAAGUAUGGGAUGGAUUACCCUGACUGAAUGACUUAGGUGGUCUUAGGACUUUUUCUCAUGCGACCAUGAGGUUGACAUUUGUGGUUUUGAGUGAAAUACCUUGACAUUUACAGAGUGCAUUGCUGUGAAAUUUGCUACAUAUAUUUCAAGGUCCCUAGAGAAAAAACUUAAUCCUGAUUUUUCCUCUACAGCCAUCAUUAGGUCACAAUUUCAAUUUGUUUAUGUAAUACUUUGGUUGUUGGCUAAAUACCUGCAAGACUAAUGACAUUCUCAUCAGCCUCAGCUGGACUUUGUGCUAAAAUGAAUUUAGCUCAAAGCACAAUGUGCCCAAGUACAGCCUCUUGUUGGACAAGCUCUACAGCACAAAGGAAUAAGCUAUAUUAAGUUUGGCUACACAGAUUACGUGUUAGUGAUAAUGUGAACAGAUUUAUCCUUGGAAGAGUAGUUGGUGAUGAAAUGAUUACAUAAGGGUUGUGCAGGCUGUUGUUUUUGCCUCAGGUAAAUUCUGGUCAAUCUGGUUUAUCUGGGAUGUGUUUAAUUUGAUCCAGUUAAACUAAAGAUUUAUCUGAACAAAAAUAAACAGACCACACAAACAUCUUAGCAGUCUAAUCAGCUAAACAUUUUAUUUAUUUUGCAACAUACUGUAUACUUUACAAAAGUAGGUUUUUAAAAUGAAUGACCGUUCAAUAACUCAUUUUACAUACUGCGUUUCAUUCCAAAAUGUACACAGGAUCUAUCUUUUUUGAAAAUAUAAAUUUUCUUAGUUGUUUCAUUUUAAAUCACAAAUGAUUCAUUAUUUUGAAGGAGUUUGAAAUUGCUAAUAAAUUAUAUUCCAGUUUUAGUUUUAAACAUCAUUUUGGGAUUAAACAUUUCACAUGCAAAGUAUACAAGGGAUUUAAAAAUAAAUCAUUAUCUAGCAUCUAUAAUGAUAAUAAUGAAUUACAUUUAUAUAGCGCUUUAUCAUAGAUACUCAAAGCGCUUCACAGUGAAGUAGGGGGAACUCACCUCAACUACCACCAAUGUGUAGCAUCCACCUGGGUGAUGCACGGCAGCCAUUUAGCACCAGAACGCUCACCACAAAUCAGAUUGAGGUGGAGAGGGAGGGAAACAUUGAUCCAAUUACUACAGGGAAUUACUAUUUAAGGAGAGUACUAAGAUCAUCCAAAUAUGUUAACACAGGUGAUGGCUUAGUGUUUUUGUGUUAUAGAAACAAAGAUAGAGCAUUUUAAAAUGUUUGUUCAUCAUACAUUUUAAGCACUGUGCCUGGUCUUGAACAGCACUUUGCAAAAUGCAGUUUAAACCCAGGAUUAUUUCUGCUGCCUCAGUUUAACGACAGAAGCUUGAAGAGUAAAGAUGCAUUUUUGGUCUAUGUGUGAGGUAUGGUUUUAAAUGUUAUCUCAUCUCUCUUCUUUUCUUUAACCCAAAAUAAACUAAAUGUUUGAGUAAAUUGAACAUUUCAGAUAUAGCAAAUAUUUUUCAAAAUUCUUUAUUCAGAUCAAAAUGAUUUAUUGCAAUCUACUGACAAAUGUUAAUCAUUUAAAAUGACAAAAAUAUCCAGUUUUCCUUUUUUUCUUAACGUUUAUCUAAACAUAUCAAGUGAUUUGAUUAUAGAUUUUUGUUUUGAAGACUCUCCCCUUGUGAUAUUGGGAUGCAUCAGGGAAGCGCAUUCUGUCCACUACUCUUCCUCUUGUAUAUGAAUGACACACUCACUAAAAGUACACUGCAUUUGUCCUCUUUAUGCAAAUUACACUUAACACUGAUUUUGUUUGAAGAAAAUUAAUAAACUAAAAAACUCCUGUGA